AUAUAUUAGUAUUUGUUUAUUAAUUUUAUUUUUAGUUACUUUUAAUAAUAUGAAUUUAUAUAUAGAAUAAUCUAAUAAAUAACUAAAUAUUAAAAAAAAAUUUUAUUACCGAUUAUUGCAUCACCAGAAAAAAAUUUGGAAUAAAAUAAAAUAAAUAGUAUAAAAUAAAAUAAGUCUAAUUCGUUAACAAACAAUAAGAUAAAAUGUAGUACAUGUCUCUCAAUGUGUGACUACAUGUUAUAGUAAAAUUAAUUUCAUUAUUAAAAAAAAAAUCUAUUCAAGUUCAGCAGAAUGUGAAUUGAAAUGAAACGAUUCGAAAAUAUCAUUAGAAAAACUCUUUGUACAAUCAUCGAUUCUUGAAAGAAAGCAACGAUGCUUGACGAGCAUUCACGCGUUUAUUAUCUUUUUUUUCUUCUCUUUUUUAUAAAAUACAUUGUGACAUUGUAUUUGAUUCAAUAGAUAUCAAUUGAGUGACCUAAAUCUUGUUAACCAUACACAAUUUUUUUUUUCUUAUUCUCUUUUGGAAAACGAUUAUUGAAAACUUUUGUUGUAAUUGAUAAAGACACUUACAAUAAUCUAGAUUAUGAUAGAAAAUAAAGGUUUUUUAAGAUAGAAAAUAAAGGUAAUGAAUAAUGUUCAUUACCAUUACAAAUUCAGAAUGUUUUAAAAUUAUGAGAGCAAUAUCAUUUUAUCAUUAUUUUCUAAUCUUGAAGUAAUAAGUAAGAAAUUCGCAAAAAAAAAUUGUAGAUAAAAAUAUUUUUAAAUAUAAAAAAUAAUUUUUAAAUUAAAAAUAACUUUAACAAUAACGUUGGAAUAGAAUGAAAUAUCACGAAGAUAGAAAUAUUUUUACGUAAUCAAAAUAGAAGAAAAAACUAUGUUUGUUUUCUAAAGAAACAUUUUAAAAGAUGUUCAAAUUAAUCAAUAAGUUAUCUUAUUAAAUAAGUAUCCUUAAAAGAAUAAACACAUUCUCUAAAAUAAUAAUUCUAUUAAAAAAUGUCAAAUUGAUAAAUGAAUUAUUUUACUGUUUUAAAAAAUUAUUUUAUUAUAGAUACGUUCACUCAUGCUUUAAGUAGAAUAACACGAUAUUGAGUCAGACUAUGCCAUCCGCAACACUUCAUUUGAUUCAUUAGAGAGAAAAUGAUGUCUUUGAGUUAAAUUUUUUAUCUAUUUAUAGAUUCGUUAUUCAAAUAUCUAAUAUAUAUAUAAUACAUAAAUGUUUCAUUUGAUAUGUUCUUGUUUCUCCUUUUUUUUUUUAAAUUUUUGUUUCGAUGUUUUUUGCCAUUUCACUGCAUUAAUUGAUUUUAAAUGCAGUAAUUUUGUAAUUGCUAUCAUGAAUCCGAUAUGAAUACAUAUUCGUCUAUCGUUAGAAGCAUUACUCGAUACAUACAAAAUAUCAAAAUAUCAAUCAGUAUGUCAAUCAGUACAUAUUUAUAUGAUAUGAUUUGCAUCGUUGCAUCGUUUUUAAUAAAUAAUUGUUCCAAUUAUUUAUCGGUUGAAUCGAAAUCGUUUUGAAAAUAUUUAAAAAUAACAUUUCAUCUUGACAUCAAUAAAAAAGAUUCAUGAUAUAUUUUUAAAUAUAUUUUUAAAAAUAUAAUAUUAAAAUAUGCUUUUUGUUUUUUUAAAAAUUUUACAUAAUAUUUUUUGAUAUUAAAAAAAUUAAAAUAUUAAAGAUAUAUGUUUAUAUUCUUUGAGAUAAAAAAAAUAUUUUAUUAUUUGAAUAUAUACUUUGUUAAAUAUGAGAAAUUUAAGAUUUAUGGACGCGCAACGAUCAAAAUUUAAAUUUCGCGCUCCUAAAAUUGAGUAUUGGUCAAUUAUUACUCUCUCUUUCUCUCUCUCUCUCUCUUUCUCUCUUUCUCUCUCUCUUUAUUCUUCUAUCAACGAAAAUUGAGAGAUCAAGCAAGAAGAUAUUUAACGAAUAGGAAUGGAUAAAGUGGUGUGCUCUUAACGAUCUAAACGAAUCAAGAGAACAAUAUCUAGCAAGUUGAGAAAAGAAGAAAUUUCGUUGAUAGAAAGCAUAGGAUUAAAUACAAAUGGCUACGCCACCGGAUUCGCCGGGACCGGAAGAGGCCCUCUUCGACUUCGAGAGUGCAAGAACCAGACAACAGACUACAAGACCGGUUGCCCUUGAGGAAUUACUCCGACAAACCAAGUUCUCUAGGCAAGAAAUACGCGUGAUGUAUCGUGGCUUUAAACAGGAAUGUCCAGAGGGUGUAGUACACGAAGAUUUAUUUAAGGAUAUCUAUGCAAAAUUUUUCCCCCAUGGCAAUUCUAGUCUUUAUGCUCAUUAUGUGUUUAAAGCAUUCGAUGUUAACUGCAAUGGUGCCAUGAAUUUUAGGGAUCUUCUUGUCAUUUUAUCGACUUUGCUACGAGGAAGUAUCUACGAGAAAUUACGAUGGAUCUUUAAGCUUUAUGAUAUAAACGGUGAUGGGUGCAUCACUAGGGGCGAGUUAUGGGAAGUAGUGAUUGCGGUACAUGAGCUUAUGGGUCGACGGCAUCACGCUGAAGAGGAAAGGAAAGCGAGGGAGCAAUUGGAUAGGGUGUUCAAGAAGUUUGAUCUAAACCAGGAUGGUAUAAUAACAAUCGAGGAAUUUAUGGAGAGCUGUUUAAGGGAUGACGUGACUACACGGUCGUUGGCAAAGUUUGAUUACGCGUUUUGAUCUCCGGAGAAGGAAGAGCCCCCGGUGAUGACCACAACAACGCCGCCAACGCCGCUCUCUACUACUACAACUACCUUUUCACAAUCCCAAUCGCCUUCACCACCGCCGCCGUCCUACUCUUUGCUGCCACCUAUUCCACCGCCUUUGCCUUCUCAACCACCUCCAGGUUAUACCGUUCAAGAUCAAGAGCUUUAUAUGCUCUUAGCAGCGCACUGGUGGAAUCAACCGGAGGCUCCACUCUUUUGCUAAGCGAUAGGAUGAAAUGUGAUUCCCAAAUUCUACAGUAAAAAUUCCAAUUUCAAGAAAAAUAAAGAAUAUUAAAAAAAAAGCAAAAAACGAGAAAAAUAAAAAAAAUCAAAUUCUUAAAAAUCUUGUAAGUUCAAGAAUGUAAUCAUGCUCGUAGUCAAUAGAUGAACGAGCUACAUGUAUUUCUUCUUGCAGAAGAAUUAUUUUAUGUCACGUAAGGUGAGCGUUAAACUAUAAUAUUCAAACUAUAAUGGAAAAAAAGUACUUCCUUUGAGAGAGGGGAGAUAAACGACUUGUCAAUUGUGGAAUUGAGAUUAAAAACUCGAGUCAAAAAUUAUUAUGAGAUGAAACUAAAAAGAAAUAUUUCAAAUUAAAUUAGAAAAGCAAAAAUUAAAUCAAUUAAUAUAUUAUAAAGAAUGUAAAAUAUUAAUAAUCUUCGAAGAAACAAAAACAUUACGGAAGAAACUAAUUAAGAAUCUAUUAUAUUACACACUGAAGAAACGUUGAAAAUGUUGAAACAAAAUGAAUUCGAAAUGAAACAAUAUUUUGUCUUGUUUCACUUCCGUGCCAAAUUCUGAAAACCUAUUUUAUUUCUUUCAUUAGCAAUGGAAGGAUAUAUGGCUGUGUAUACGAUUGAAAGACAAUUUUAUCUUUAUAAUUACUAUGAAAAAUAAUGGAAAUGAUGAAAUGUUUAUUAAGUAUUGAUCUGAAGAAUAAUUAAUUGCGCACAGAAUAUUUUAAAUUUGUAUCAAAAAUAAUUUUUCAUAAAUCAAAUAAUAUUGAAUAUUUGGGAACAAAUAAAAUAAAAAAUUUCAAAUCAAAUAUAUAUUCUUUAAUAAAGAUUUUCUUCUACGGAUAAAAAUUAUAUUAUGCAAAAAAUUAUUAAAUUUAAAAUUUUAUUAAAUUAUUAAAUAAAUGGCUAAAUUGAAGAAUAUAACUCUUUGAUUUAAAUCUGUUGAUAAAAUUUUUAGCGAAAUAUAAUUAAUUUGAGCAAUAUUUCCUUUAUACGCACAAGUACAGGCAGAAUUAAAUGUAGUUAAAUAUAUUAAAUAUAGUACCACAAAAAUUUGAAAAUUAAAACUGAUUGUGUAAAAAAAAAAAUCAAAAUAAUUUCAAAUUUAUCAAGUUCAAAAUGAUAUAAAUGAUUAAUUAAUCAAAAAUAUUUUAAAAAUACAUAUAUUCGAUGUGUGUAAUUUAACAAUUAUAUUUUUUAGAAGGAUAUUUUCUUUUUUCAAAUUUAAAUUUUAUCACAUAAGAAAUUUAAUAAUAUUCUGUGCUUGAUAAAGAAGCUAUAUUUCUUCGAGGAAAUAUAUAUUGAUUUUACUUAUAUGAACAAUUUACACAUUAAAAACUUCUUCAGUAUGCAACGAGCAUUCGGCAAUAGAACCUUAGAAAUGUUAAAAAGAUUGAAUUUUCUAUUGGAAUAAUCUCAAAUAAUUUAAGAAGAGAAAUAAAAAGGUAUACGAACACAAUGUAGUUCUCCUGAAAAAGGAGCAGAACGAUAUUCUGCUUUAUCAUAUUAAUUAUAUACAUUGUGUGUGUGUGUGUGUGUGUGUGUGUGUGUGUGUGUGUGUGUGUAUCUUAUAUAUAUAAGGUCUCUAUAGGAUUCAACCAUUUUAAAAGUUAUUUAGAAUUAUAUCGUAGAUAUAAGUGAUAACAGUUUUCUAAUAUUGAUUAUUGGUUAAAAACGAUUUUCAUACAAACAUAUAUAUAAGCAAACAUUAAAGAAUAUUAUUAAGAUUAUAGUAUUAUUCAAUAGAAAAAUAAAAGGGUGUUUCUAUAAUUAUCUAUAUUCUUCGCAAAAACACCAAAUUGCAAUAAUCACUUAGUAAUUCAAAGAAAAGAAAACUGAGGGGAAAAAGAAAUUAAGAAAUAAUUGUAUGAGAUUACACGAAAUGAUUUUGUUAAAAAAUUGUACAAUUUAUUGUCGAUUGAACUCACAACAAGAUAAUCAGUAGUUAUAGGCAGCUUGCAUUGAUUUUGAAAUCGCUAGUUUUUCUUUUUUGAAUCAUAUAUAUAUAUUUUUUUUUCAAGUUAAAAAAAGAUUUUGCACCUUCAAACAUGUUUAUAUUCAAUUUAAAGUUUUCUUAAUAAUUUUUAAAACUUUUUUUUCAUCUACUUAAAAGCACUUACAUUUAAUGCCAAAAAAUUUUCUUUAUUUCAAAUAAAUUAAUUUAUUUUUAAUAAUAAUAAAUAAUUAAAUAUUCGUAGAUAAAUCAAAAUUUAGUCUUUUUAGUCUCUUAAAUAGUUGUAGUUUUCAAAUAUCAAUUUAUAAAAUUAUUAAUUAUAAAAUUAUUAUAUUAAUUAUUAUCCAUUAUUAAAUGAACAUUAAUUUGUAAAAUUAUUAGAAAUACCUAAUAAAAAUGAUUUAUAAAUGGUAGUUACCUUACAUUAAAAAUUGUAGGCAAUACGUACAUGUGUAUAAUAUAUGUACAUAUAUAUAUACAUAUACAUAAUAUGUAUGUAUAUAUAUAUAUAUAUAUAUAUAUAUAUAUAUAUAUAUAUAUAAAUUUUUUAUGUAUUAAAUCUUUUAAAGUAGAGGCUCAAGUUAGGAAAAUUUUAAGAUAAGAACCGUUUGUUAAGCUCUUCAUAACACUCUUGCACUGUUAUUUGUUAAUCAAUGAAUUCCUUCCACCAUGAUGUUUUAAUAAGAAAACAAGUAGGUUGCUAAGCGCGUUCUUAUAGCAACUAUCUAUAUAUAUAUUAAAUAAAGAUAAUUGAUUCGUGCUCAGAUAGAAUCUAUAAACAGUUCAGAUCUUUCUGUUCCAAUAAUUAUUAUAUGUAGUAUAUUAUACAUUUAAAUUUGUAUAAAUUAUAUCAUUUUAUAUUUUUUUAAGCAAAAAACAAAAAUAUAACAAUUAAUUUAUUAAACUUUUUUUAUUUUCGUAUAAAAAAAUAAUUAAAAUUUUGUUAUUAAAUUUUUAAGAAGUUAAAAAAUUGAAAAUAAAAAUAAAAAUUGAGUUGAUUUUUAAUUCUCAAUAGAAAAACAUAUUUUUUUGCAACUUUUGAGAAUAAAGAUUAAUUUCUAAAUCGUUUAUUCACAAUUAUUUUAUUAUUAUUAUAUUUUUAUUAUUAUAAAAUUUUAUUAUUAUAUAAAAUUUAAAAAAAAUUUUAGUAUACUUAUUACAAACUCUAUUUUAUUAUAUAAUCAUUCAUUCAAUCAAAUGUUUAAAAAAUUUAUUAGCAAAAAUAAAAAUCUUUUUAAAAUGAAAUCUUGCUUAAACGAUUCAGAUUAACCACGGAUUUAAUUAAUUUCAUUUCCGAUUAAUUUCAUUUUUUUUCUGAUAAAAAUUUGUUAAUUUUUAUAUUAACAAAAGAAGAUUGAAAGUAUGUUAUAAACAAGAGCCAUUGUUCCUAAUGAUGAAUAAAAGCAUAAACAUGUAUAAAGUGUUCACAACGGUUAACAAAUUCAAGUAUUAUUGUGAAUAUUAAUUAAAUGCAGGUUGUUUCUGCAUCUAAUUGAACAAGUCAAUUGUAUCCAGAAACAGAAGAAUUCAAUAAGUAAGAAUUUUGGAACAAAUUUCUUGAUUGCAUAAAAGUUUGAAUACUGAAUGAGAGUUUUUCACUGAAUUUCCCAUUGAAUAAAAAUAAAAUGAGCGAAAUCGAUUUAAAAAGCGAUUAUUAAUGUUUUCUGACAACAAUAUGCGUAUACCACAUUCAAUUUAAUGUGAUGAAACAAUUUUUACAUAUUUUCUAAGAAAAUCAAGAGAGAUUUUAGAAAAAGGAAACAACGAAUGUUAUAAUUAAAAAAAAAAAAAAGAAAAAACAGUUUUUUAUACGUCAAAUAAUCUGAAGAAUAAAAUCUUUAAUAAGAAAUAAAAACAUAUAAAGUAUUUCUGGUUUUGAAAUAACGAAAUUUAGAUUGAAAAAUACCGUAAAAAAGCAAUUUUGUAUCAAUGAUGUUCUAUAUAAUGAAAUUAUACAUAGAAAUAAUUAGAAAACUAUAUUUAUAAUUAUUUUUUUAUAUUUAUAAUUAACUUUUGUUUUAAAUAUCUUUAUUUUUUAAAUUAUUUGAUUAAAACCGGAAAUGCUCUAUAUAAUGAACGAUGAUGCUUUUGAAUUAAAGUUUUCAAACACCAUAUGUUCAAUAUUUUAUGAUAAAAAAGAUUUAAACACAAACAUUUGAUGAUUAUUUUCGUUAUGAAAAAGGAACUGAAAAUUUAAAUUCUUUGUCAAAAAAUUAAAAUAAUUUUAUUUGAACAAAUUUUAAAAUAUGGAAAAAAUGAAUAUUAUAUUUUUAUCAACAAUUUAUCAUAGCUUAUUCUUUUUAAAAAAUGUAAUUUAGAUCAUUAUAUAUCGUGCAUGCUUAUUGGUCAUUUCAAAAUUGAGAAAAUCGUCAAAUUAAAAUAUAGAAGCAUAAGAUGUUUAAAAAUCAAAUUUUAAAGAACUUAUUAGAUAAUUAAAUUAUUAAAUCUUGUAUGUAUUAAUUUUAUGUUGAAAUGAGUAUAAUCAUAACUAUACAGAAUGUUUCAAAAUAUAAAUAAAAAAUGAAUUUUUUUAAAACUAUUUUUAAAUUUUCAAAUUUUUAAUCCACUUUUUAUUUUCAAAAAAUUUGAUUUUUGAAAUAUAUUUUGAAACAUUUUGUAUAAGUCAAUGUAGUCAUAGUCAAUUCAUGAAUAUUAGAGAUAAUAUAGAUAAUAAUUAACUUUAUUGACUAUUGGGAUUUAUCUUGUUCAUCUGUAAAAUUUUUCAAUUGUAUCAAAAUUUAUAGGAUACAUGCUUUCAACUUGUAAAUAUACUUAUUUGCUUCUUCAUGUAUGAUCUAUCCAAAACGAAAAAUCUAAUAAUUGAUUAGCAGUUAUUAAUUAAAUCAGCGAUUAGUUUAAAUCGAAUUAAAGAAAAUAUAUAUAUAAUUGUCAUUAACAAUCAAUGAUUAAUUUAAUUUAAGUUUCUAUAUAAUUUCAUUUAGGAUAAACAACAAUAUAAUAUAUAUAUCUAGCUUUUUUGAUUUCUAUUAAUUAAUUCAUUUAUUUGAAAAUAUUUGAAAAGAAUGUUUAUUAAUAAAUGUAAUUUAUUUUUUAAGUUCUAAGAAACUUAUUAAAUGAUUAAAAUUUAAAUUUAAUCAUGAUAGCAUAAGCACGAAUAACGAAUCAAAAUUUGUUACAGUAGUGACAUCUAGUGUGUACGAAAUAUUCGGUUAUAGUUCAUAAAAUAUACAAUUGAUAGUUAAUCUUAAAAAAAGUUUUUUUAUAACAAAAAAUUACAAUUAAAGAUUAGAUUAAAAUGAAAUCGAUUAGCGAUUGAUUUCAUAUCGCCAAAAAAUUUAAAAUAGUUGAAAUUUAAUAUUAAUUAUAAUUGAAAAAUAAAUGAUUAUUUAGAUUAUUCAAUUAGAAAUUUAUAUUUAAUCGACAAAAUAUAUAUAUGAUAAAUUCUUGUUUAUAUUAUUUAUAAUUUUUUAAACUUUCGUUUCUUGUUGUUUUUAAGAUUAUAAGAUUAUAUAUAUAUAUAUCCAUUUUUCAAAAAAACUUAAUUAUAUAUCUUUACAAUAAAAUGUUUUGUUAUAAACGUUCAAAUAUUCAAUGAUAUAUUUCAAUGAUAUAUUAUAUUUAAAUUUUUAUAUUGCUCUAUAAUUCAAAUAUCAUUAUUAAUGUAAUCAUACAUUAAUUGCGUACAUUAAAACAAAAAUUUUACAUGAUACAAUUCAUAAUUAUCGUAUUAUUUUUUAUUAAUCAGGCCUUUUUCUAAUAUUUUUAGCGUCUAUGUCGAUUUUUUAUACUUACGUUAAAUCAAAUAAUUAUAAAUACCGACAAUUGAUUUUGAAAAUAUAUAUAUAUAUAUAUACACAUAUUUGCAACAUAUAGAUAACUUAUAUCUUGUAACAAUUUAAUUGUAAAUUCACAAAAAUAAAGGAAUCGUUGUAAUUAA